AUGGAGGGCGGUGGGCGUGGCUUCGAGCAGCAAGAUCAAAGGUCUCUGGAUGACUCUGCAGGAUGGGUACAGGAGGAAUAUGGACAUUUACAUUAUGUUUUCAGCCUAUACGGAGAGCAACCUCGUUGGACUGAAUGGGGCAAAGGUUUGUGGAUCUUGCGGAUAAAGCCUUCUCGCCCUGCGUACAGUCUCUUUAUGAAGAUCCUCAUUGGUUGGGAAUGUGCAGGAAGUUGUAUCACAAGGUAGGAUUCUCUAGGACCCUGCAGGCCACCACUCACCUCAGAAUCUGCCAUCGAGGCUGUUUGUCCAGGACCUCGGAGCUCUUAGUAUAUUUCUGGUCUUCCUGAAGUUCUUCCACCUCCAUGGACUCAGAUCUUCAUAGCAACCACCAACCCAGAGUGGUUGUAAUUGGUGCCGGCUUUGCAGGUCUUGGUGCUGCCACCACUUUGGUGAAGCAUGGAGUGAAGAAUCUUAUCAUCCUGGAAGCAUUAGAUAGGGCGGGUGGAAGAGUUUGGACGCAUAAACCUUUUGGAGCUGAUGCGCUGGAGUUAGGUGCCACCUGGAUCCAUGGCCAGAAGGAUAAUCCACUUUACCAGAUGUCCAAGGAGAAAGGCCUACUGGCAGAUGAUGGGUUCGGUAUGGUGUCCUGCCAACCACUAUCUGUAACUCCCCAAGAUUAUUUUUUUAAUGAGCAAGCAAAGCAGCUACCCCCAACUCAGGUGGAACAUGUAACUUGUUUUUUUGGAAGGUUAAUGUCUCAAAUCAACCAGCAAGACUAUAAACGAGAAUGUGAAUCGUGGUCAGUCGGGGAGUAUCUAGAUCGUGAAUUUACCUUGUCCAACCUUUCGAAGGUCGAGGGUGCAGAAGAGAUAUACGAGUGGUGUAAACGAGCGGAGUGCGUGGACGAGGCUUGUAACUCCAUGUAUGAGUUCUCGUUAAGUCAGCUUGGCUUAUACACUGCUCUUGAGGGACCCUUUUUUAACUCUUUGGGCAGUAAGGGUUACCAAGCUGUACUAGACGUCUUCAUAGACCAGCUGCCCCCUAAUUCCCUUCGCUGCCAUAAGCCUGUUCGAUGCGUCCAGUGGGAUGGAUCUUCACCACCUUCAAAGUUAUCAAAACAUCCGGUCAAUGUGGUUUGUGAAGACGGUGAGCAGUUUCCAGCAGAUCAUGUCAUUGUCACUGUGUCUCUUGGGUGCAUGAAGGAACGAGCGCCUACUUUUUUUGACCCUCCCCUGCCAAAGGGAAAGAUGGAGGCCAUCCAGAGAUUGGGGUUUGGCACAGUGGCCAAGAUCUUCUUAGAGUUUUCAAAGCCCUUUUGGCCGGAUGAUUGUGCCGGAAUACAGCUUGUAUGGGAACAAGGCCCAGAGAGCCUGAAGGGUUAUUCUGAUGGGUGCAGGCAACAAUCAUGGCGUUCGGAGUGGUUUAAGAAGAUUGGAGGUUUUGACUGCGUUCCAAUGCAUAGAAGCACCCUCUGUGGUUGGAUCACCGGAUUGGCUGCGGAGCACAUGGAGACCCUCCCUGAAAGUGAGGUGGGGGAAGCAUGUGUCAGAUUAUUGAAGCAAUUCACAAGUUGGCCAGUGACAGAACUGCGAGGGGUGCUGCGCUCCACGUGGUAUAGUAACCCCUACAUACGAGGGUCUUAUACCAAUGUGCCUUUGGGGGUGGAUGCUGUGAAAGAGCAGAUGGCCUUGGCAGAGCCAUUACCAUCCACAUAUCAGAGGAAGACCCAGCGGCCUUUGCAGGUACUUUUCGCUGGAGAAGCGACGCACCCCAACUUCUAUACGACUACACAUGGCGCCUAUAUGAGCGGAGUACGGGAGGCAGAAAGGCUCAUAAAACUCUUUGAGAGCAAAGCGAUCCCUCGCCUCUAAUCCAUCCAUUAGCGUCAUGCCUGCAGUAAAACCAGUUGUGGCACCAGUGUGUCUGUGCGCGGAUGUGCUGCCAGUAACCUCAGAUCCUGCACAGUAUAAAUGAUAAAAUGCUGCUUUUUAUAACUCCCCCCCCCACUCUGUCUAAUCGUAUCCUCAUUCUUCAACCUGUCGAAAAACUAAAACUCCCAGCAUGCUGCUACUGUCAGGACAUGAUGAGGAUUGUUGUUUGUAACCUUUUGAGAGCCGCCCUGGUUUAAAUGGUGCCUCCACUAAGGCUACCUUCACCUAAUUUAUGACUCCUAUUCAGAUCAUUAAAAUCAGUAUAGCAAAUAAAUAUGAAGAGUGCCGCUUAGAGGAGGAAGCAAAAUUAUGGGAAUCGCACAAAAACCGUUAUCAGGUCAUAUAACAGGAGCUGAGCUUUGGCGCCUAUUGAAGUAUAUCGUACUCUGGGUUUUCGGAGACUUUUAUACCGAUGACCUGUCCUCUGGAGACACCUGGGACCCCCACCAGGCGCUCGCAGCUUAGCAUAGACCAUUUGACGUCGCGU